AUGGAGUGUGGAGGCACGUCUCACCUCUGCCCAUUGGCAAGAGGGAAACCAGAGGAGGCUCCUGCUGGAGGAAAGCAGGGUGACCACCCACCAAGACCUCGCAGCGCUGAGGAUGCUCAAGAGCCCGGCGACCCCAGGACCGCGCACCACGAACGGCACAUAUCUGAAUGGGAAGUCACUCCAGCUGACGGAAAAAUGCCCAAAUCUGCAAGAUGACAGUGACUCUUUAUCUGAUAAAAUGAAUGCGUAUGCAGAGGAUGACUACAUUCGGCUUGUCGCAGAUAUUCAGAGCUGUCCGUGGAAACAACAAGCGGAAGAAUAUGAGAAAUUUAGGGCAGAGCUUACUUCCUGUUGUGAUGCCGUCCACAACUCCGUCAUGUCUCAAAAUAACACUCCAGUUGGGAGUCAAAUGAGUUACGAGGUGGACAGUAAGAGAAAUAUCCAGAUUGGAGAAUACAUCUUUAAUAUGCUUCCCGUGGCCCAGCCUUUUGUGGAUUUCCCUUAUAAUCAGUGCGCAGUGGUUGGGAACGGAGGGAUUCUGAAUCAGUCUCUCUGCGGACCAGAAAUUGAUAAAGCCGACUUUGUUUUCCGAUGUAACCUCCCCCCAACAACAGGAAAUAUAAGUAAAGAUGUUGGCAGCAAAACAAAUCUUGUGACUGUGAAUCCCAGUAUCAUAGCCCUGAAAUAUAGGAACUUAAAGGACAAGAAAGCAGAAUUUCUGGAGGAUAUUGAGACCUACGGCGAUGCGUUCCUUCUUCUACCAGCAUUCUCCUUCCGGGCCAACACCGCUGCCUCGUUGCGAGUGCACCUCACACUGAAUCAGUCUAAAGCAAGGCAGAAGGUUCUGUUUUUCCAUCCCAUGUACCUGAAACAGCUGGCCCGCUUCUGGAGAACUAAAGGGGUGACAGAAUACCGCCUGUCCUCGGGCUUGAUGAUCACCAGUGUUGCAAUGGAACUGUGUAAACAUGUGAAGCUGUAUGGGUUUUGGCCCUUCUCCAAAACUGUGGAAGAUAUACCUGUGAACCACCACUACUACGACAACAAGCUGCCUAAACGAAAUUUCCAUGAGAUGCCCCAAGAAUACAACCAAAUUCUCCAACUUUAUGUGAAAGGAAUACUCAAUUUACAGUUUAGAAAAUGUGAAAUAGCCUAAGUGAAGUGUCUUAAGAAACAAGAUUAAAAAUAUAGAUAUAUUAUAUAUCAUGCAAUGAGUGACACUUCCCCAAACUCAAGGAAGUGGUUGUAGAAUUUAACACCAAGGGCCCCAAACCUUGGUUUGAUUGGCUUAGUUUGCAAUCUAAGCAAGCCAUCGAAUUGUUCUGAUCUUCCGUUUCUUUUCCUAUAAAAUGAGGACUCUGGUAUCUAACUCAUACAGAUGUGACCAUGUAUGAAAAUUCUUAAUAUAGUGUUUGGCAUGAGUUAGACACUCAAUGAGUGAGACACUCAAUGAAUACUUUGUUACUACAUCCAGUCUCUCUUACCUGGAGCUUACUUCAUUGGUUUAAAAAUAUAGAGAGAUUAUUGAACACUACUCCAUGCCAGGCCCUCAACCGGGCUCUGUAAAUGAGAUAUGGUGAUGAUGAAUCUGUAAUUAUGUCUCACAGAACGAUAAGGACAAGUAUCUCAUUCAUCACUUAUGAUAUACCGAUGAAACUGUUAUAAUUACAAAAAAAUUACAAGAAAAUAUACUAUGAGAAACCAAGGCAGGAAUAAUUUAUCUCCUUCAGGGGAAGAUAGGGAUACUCUAUCUAGAGAAGAGGUGGUUCUUGAGUUAAACCAAGAAAAUGAAUAGAUUUUACCAAAAAAGAAGAAUUUAGGUAGAGGAAAAAGGAUAAUGGGGGUGGGAGGGGACCAAAAACCUCUCCUCUUGAUUCUGCUCUAUUGAAAUGAAGAUAUUUGAAGGUGAAUCGUGGUCUGCCAAGUGAAGGUAGGGUAUAGAGUGUGUGGAUGAUGGUUGCGCCCCCUAUCUGUGUCCUGGGAAUAAUACCAGAGAUAUUUACCAAACUUAAUUCUAUGAGCAGAGAUACAUGGGGAAUAAAACUAAUAAUAAUAAUAAUAAAAGUUUACAUGGGGAAUAAAACUAAUAAUUUAGACACUGUUAAAAAAUAAAGUUAGCAUUUACACAGCUCCUUAGAUUAUGCUAAUACCUAUUAUGCAGAUCAUUCCUGCAUCUACUGAAUAAAUUACCUUACUUAAAUAAAUAAUUAUUUGUGUGCUUUCCUGUUCAUCAAUGUCCACACCCUAGGUGAGUGAAAACAGACAGGGAGCAGACUGAGACAGCACGGUGAAGCAAUUACAAAUACUGUUUUUAAUUCUUACCUCAGCCAAGUUACUCUGGUGUGUACCAAAUGUCGGUUUGUUAGAACUCUCUUCUGUAAAUAGUUCAUUUUGAUAAAGUGUUUAAUUUACUCUGAUUAUAGAUGACAUUCGUGAUUUUAUUUUUAAUCUUAUGUUUUAGUUUGUUCUUUUAUAGCAAUGAAACUCAUCCGCUCCAUAAAGUGAUCAGAAGUUUAUAUAUAAAUAUUCCCAAAUGGAGAAUUGUUUUUUGCUGCAUAUAAUCUAUUUUAUUUAUUAUUAUUAUUUUGAGAGUAUUGAAUAAGCCAUCGCUUUCUAUUGCUCCUAACAGAUUCAAUUCCUUUAAAACCACCUGUCAGCCACGUUGGUGAUGUCACAGUUGUGUUACUAGCAAUGGACACGCAAACGAGAUCAGAAAUCACAAAUGGUUUAGGGUUAGCAAAAUAAUCUCUUCAAGUAGAAACUUACGCCUUUCUUUUCUAUGAUAUUGGAAAAAUACUAUUGAUGAAUAAAAGCAAUAGAAUAUACUGAAAUAAAUAAUGUAAUA